AUGCGAAGAGCUUAUCUCCUAUGCCGAAGUGACUUCCCCUCCAGUCGCCAACCGAUGCCUGUAAAGCGAGAGAUGACUCAGCCUGCUAGCGUGUCUUCUGCCAUGCUCUCAAUCACUUCCCGAAAAAUACAGAGAGCUUAUCUCCCAUGCCGAAGUGACUUCCCCUCCAGUCAGCAGCCACCACCUAUAGAUGCUAUGGAUGAGAUAGAGGGGAUUGCAAAUGAAGGCAUAACUACCACCAGAAGAGAUUCAAUACAUAUAUCGGAAAAAAAGGAAAACAGAAAAAAAUGGCUGCGGUUCAAGGAGGUCGUCUCGGUUCGCGUUUGUCGAGAUAUCACCACUCGCCGAUCUCUUGGUUACGCCUACGUCAAUUUCACCAAUCCCAACGAUGCGGCAAGGGCUUUGGAUAUGCUUAACUUCACGCCUAUCAAUAAUAAGGCAAUUCGUAUAAUGUACUCAAAUCGUGAUCCCAGUACACGAACUAGUGCUGCAGCUAAUAUAUUUAUCAAGAAUCUGGACAAGAGUAUUGAUAACAAGGCGCUCCAUGACACAUUCUCGGCGUUUGGGAAUGUUCUUUCAUGUAAGAUUGCCACGGAUGCAUCUGGGCAGUCGAAGGGGUAUGGUUAUGUUCAAUUUGAUCAGGAGGAGGCAGCACAAAAUGCAAUAGACAAGCUGAACGGUAUGGCUUUAAAUGAUAAGGUGGUUUAUGUUGGUCCUUUCCUUCGUAAGCAGGAGAGGGAAAAUACAGCAGAUAACGAAAGCAAGGAGAAGUUUUCUAAUGUCUUUGUGAAGAAUCUUUCGGAGUCCACAACAGAGGAAGAUUUGUCAAAAGUUUUUGCCGAGUUUGGGCAGCUUACUAGUACGAUAGUAAUGAAGGAGGAUGAUGGGAAAUCCAAGUGCUUUGGAUUUGUUAAUUUUCUCAAUCCUGAUGACGCUGCACGAGCAGUUAAGGAACUUAAUGGAAAGAAAUUUGAUGAUAAAGAGUGGUAUGUUGGGAAAGCACAGAAGAAGUCUGAAAGAGAGAGGGAGCUGAAAGGGAGAUUUGAGCAAGGUAUGAAAGAGUUAGCUGACAAACAUCAAGGGGUUAACUUGUAUCUGAAGAAUUUGGAUGAUAGCGUUGGAGAUGAUAAGCUGAGAGAGAUGUUUUCUGAGUUUGGCAUGAUUGCGUCAUGCAAGAUUAUGCGGGAUCCUAAUGGUAUAAGCAAAGGAUCUGCGUUUGUUGCAUUUUCAACACCUGAAGAGGCAUCUCGAGCUCUUGCUGAAAUGAAUGGAAAAAUGGUUGGUGGAAAGCCUCUAUAUGUUGCCCAUGCACAACGAAAAGAAGACAGAAAAGCUAGGUUGCAGGCACAGUUUUCACAAAUGGGACCUGGAAUGGCGCCUGUUGGAGUGCCUCGCAUGCCCAUUUUCCCCCCAGGUGCUCCUCCUCUUGGACAACAGCUAUUCUAUGGCCAAGCACCUCCCGCUCUGAUUCCUCCACAGCCAGGAUUUGGUUAUCAGCCGUCAAUGGUUCCUGGGAUGAGGCCUGCAGGGGGUCAUAUGCCAAACUUUUUUAUGCCAUUAGUUCAGCAAGGAGGUCAUCAGCAGCCCCGCCCUGUAGGUCGGCGUGGCGGACAGGGUCCUGGGCAAAUGAUGCAGCAGCCCAUGCAUUUCCUUCCGCAUCAGAUGUUGCCUAGCCAUGGCAGGGGACGUUCAUAUGGUUACCCACAGGGUCGCAACAUGCAGGGUGGCAAUUUCCCCUCCAUGCCUAGUCAUGAAAGGGAGCAACAACCCCUCAGUGCUCUAGCUACAGCGCUCGCAAAUGCUUCUCCUGACCAGCAGAGGACGAUGCUUGGUGAAAAUCUAUACCCUCUUGUGGUGCAGUUAGAGCCUGAUCAUGCUGCCAAAGUGACUGGUAUGCUGCUGGAGAUGGAUCAGACCGAGGUCUUGCAUUUGCUAGAGUCUCCAGAGUCUUUGAAGGCGAAAGUGGCCGAGGCCAUGGAGGUCCUGAGAAAUGUCGCUCAGCAAUCACCUCACGGUCAAAUGGCUUCACUGUCGCUGAGCGAUGAAUCUUGAGUCUGCUUUCCUUACUGUUUCUGUUUCUUUUCAUACUUUGAUAGAGUUUUAAGAGAGGCUAGACGUUAUUAUGGUUUUGGAUAAUUUUUGUUUGUUGUUCCCUGUGGAACGCCUUAUCUUAGGGUACACUAUUUUUUGGGGCAUACUGGUGUAGCUUUCUAGUUCAUCUUAUAUUUGUCAUUGUUGUACUUCAGGUUCUUAAUUCCUGCUUCUUUGGUCAUGGACAUCCCGCAUGAGUUCAA